UGAAUGUAUCAAGGAAGACAGCUGUGAGAGCUUGUAAUGCGAUGAUUCUAAGUUUUCGUCAGUCGCCAUGAAUGAUGUUUUUGCACUGAUACCUCGAAAGGAGAGGAUUAGUCUUCGAUUAUGGGUUUUCAAGUUCAUUGAUGUUGUGGACAUAGAAUCGUUUGGUGUAUGUGUAGAAGGAUAUCGACCUAGUGAUGAAACCGAGACGGUUUUACGAAAUUGGCACUCAACCGCAAUAGAGAAGAGAAUAACGUCGACUUUGCUGCAUUCACAUAGUGGAUCCGUAUAUGAGCUACGUGGUUCGAUAGAUAGGGAUCUUGCGUUUCAGUUCGGUUACCCAGGCGAACUCAUUGAUAUGUUUGCAAAUGGAUUUCCAGAGGACUGGAAAAGCACUUUAAAGGAGUACUUUUAUGUAGUCAAAACUACGAAUCCUUUGAACGCGUCGCAUUACUUCAGCGUGAUGGCCAGAAGAAGAUCCUCUGGUCUUGUAAGAUGUCAAAGCCGCUUGUCCACAGGCACUGUUUUCAACAAAAGCAAUCGCCGUAGUGAACGGUUGUCAAUCCUUCCUGCUCCGGGAGCCUUACCUGUGCCCAUUGAAGAAGAAGAUGAACAAAAAGAAAACAGCACUUCAAGGUCUUCGCUUUUGACUGCGAAAAUCAGUUUCGAGGACGUUGGUAGUGUGUCAGUUCGACGUAGCCCUCGCAUAAUGGAGAUAUUAUCACGGUCCUCUAAGAAUGGGGACACUAAAAGAAGUUUCAUUGCUGAUGUAUCUGCCCGGCCUGCCUCUUCCUUGGAGAUUGAGAAUAAACCCUUGGCUGAUGUUGGUUCGAAGUCCGAUUCUUGUCUUCGCACGAGUGAGGUUGGAGAUCUGCCUAAUGAUGUGGAUUGUGGUUCUGAUACCGAGGAAUCCAUUGUAUUCGUUCCUGCUGUGCACAGCAACAAGCGCGACAGUAUUGAAAAUGUCCCACGCGUGGAAUAUCCUGACUCCAUUGGUCCAGAAGAAAAUGAUCAGGACUUUUCUGUAGGACCUGCGUUCGAAGAACCACAUGUCAGCAUAAGAGAGAUAAAUGCACAGGAGGAAAGCAAGGUUCAGGACGAUGACAAUCAUCUCGCUGUUGUACCAGUCUCUACAAAUGUUUUUAAGGUUCCAAGUCGACGGCCUUCUAGAGGAGAACACGACGAUGCUACUGAACUUACUGAUUGGUCUAUCCGCUUUGCUCCGAUAGGCUGUGACGGUCCCGAACUCAAUUUCCCAAAAUUUGUACUGCUUGGUAAUAAGAGAGGUCACUAUGGUCAAUGGCGUUCGUCAAUCGUCACCCGAGUUGUAAGUGCAGAGAUACUGUACACAUCUUCAACAAAAUAUCGGCUUGUAGGAGAAAUAAACAUCACUGAUUCCGCUAACGCAGGAUUCCCCAAAACGUUUGUGGCCAGUUUUCUGCGUGGCUUUCCACCGAAUUGGAGAACUCGGAUAACGGAUCUGUACAACUAUUUCUUCGGCAACUUUCAUGCCAGUACUAGUCAAGUACUAACUACCACUAAUGAACCUAUACUCCUCUUUUCUGAUGAAUCCCAAGAAGCUGUACGCAGUUUACAUCAGGAACAUGAAACUAUACCAAGUAGAAGGAAGUCGAUUGUUGCUGAUUACAACGAAAAAUGGGGAAGAGAUCAGCAAGAUAAGCGAACGGAAGAAGUUAGUGGAAGUAGCAAAUUAGCAGUUGUGUCCCCAGCUGUCCAAUCGUCUUUGAGUUCAGGAGUGCGAAGAUCGCGGAGCGGACGAUGCAUACAUCCGCCCCUCGCUCAGUGGGCUGGCGAACGUGUCCGUUACGAUGGUUUGGGCAAUGCAAUAGGAGUAGAAGACGUGAAAACUAUUACAGUGCAUUCUAAAAGAACCAGUGGAACCACAGCACUUGCCGACUACUAUGGCUUAUCUCCGGCCGAUGCUUCUCUCAGACAAUCGGAAGCGAGUACAGAACCUCCCAGACUAGCAGUAGAUAGUGGACCGAAAAGAAUAAGGACAAGGAGGAUAUUGGCCUCUUCGGAUGAGGAGAAUGCUAGUCCUGAUAAACGAAGCAGAAGUUCGGAUGAUGCUUAUGUUCGCUACGAUAAUCGUCAAAAGCUAUAUCCUUACGAAGAAAAUCGUGCUCGUGAGAACUAUCGCAAACAUCGUCACCGAACCAGUUCGGACGAAUCUGAGACCGAAAGGGAGCUAAGGUCUGAGCGCCACCUAAUACUAAAACAUACACGAGAGCUCCUGAAACAGCAAGAAAAUCUACUCAAAAUGGAACAGCGACUGGCUUCACAAGAACGAAAAUGGUUGGAAAGAAAGAAGAGAAAGAGGCUGUUGAGAGAGCAAGAAGGGAAAGGGUUUUCUAGACAAGCGGAGACCUUUGAUAGGCGGCCGGGCCAUCGGUGUCGAGAAGAGUCUAGGCAAGUCGCACGACACAUGCCCUCCAGCCAUUAUCAGGAUAACCAUCGGAGAAAGAAAGUGAUGAAUGCAUUGGACAGAAGGCGACUAGAAGAGAUUUGGGCUCAAGAAAACGAGGAGUUGACCACAUCUUAUUACUCUGAUGGAGACGAUGACUGGCAGGAACCAGUGCGCAAAAGAAGAAAGAAAGUAAAUCGAAGAGUCAGAGAAACAAGUUCGUCUGAGAGUAUUCCGUCAGAUGACGAAGACAGCGGUGAUCAAAUGAGGGGAAGAGCUUCUGAAGGAGAAUUUCAGAAGAAAGAUGAAGCCAGAAAGAAAUGUUGGAAUGCAGCGGAGGUGCAGAGGCUCAAGCUAACCAUUCAUGCAAUUCGACCGCAAAAAGACGAUGACUGGGAGAAAGUUGCGCGUGCAAUGGGUAACGAACGUGAUCUGGAGUCAUACAAGGAAGCAGCGAUCAAACGCUUGAAGUGGAAGCCACCUCCCGCCGAGUCCGCCUCGCCGAUCAAAUCAGUGGAGCCGAUAACUGCACGCGCUGGAACUAUUGCUUUCCAGCAUCAAACAAACGAAUUUACGAGGAAGUAUAUGAUGGGCGGAGGUGCACACAGCGAGGAUUUCUUCCAAGACAAUGAUGCAACAGCGAACAUUAGCAUCGGUGGGCUGCCUGAUCUGAAUGAAUUCGGUGCGGAUGAUUCACUUCUGGAAGUGUUGAAUACUCCCGCCAAUGCAGUGCCGGAAAGAAAGGGAGCUAAUCGUCGACAAUUCUUGGCCGAGCCGAUUGAUGACGAUACACCUAUACGCAGACGAAGUAGCGCAGUAUUCAUGGGGACUCCACAAGAUUCUGCCCAGCGGGAGAGACAAGAUAGAUACCUUCAUCAUCUUAUAAACAAAGCAGGUCGCCGUGAUGUGUCAAAGAUGAACUUUUCAAGAGCAGGAAAUUCCAUACGUUUUGAAACGACAGGAGCAGUCAUGGACUCUACCAAAGCUCAUGACUAUGGAGGUUUGCAAAAGGAUCUCAAAUAUGCAGCUAAGUUGACCAAGAAAGCAACCCGAAGAGAUGCAGUUUUGGUGGAAAACUCUGACGAGGAACUGGAAUUGGAUGAAGAAGAUUUGAGCAUGGAUGGAGUUGAAGAUGAUGGAUUGCUAUAAGCCAGAUAAUCAUCUGUAAUCUUUAUGUCAUCGUUUAUUUCUCAACUAAUUACUUCUAACUUUACUAAGCAUGAUAAAUUACUCACAUACAAGACGUGUAUAGGAAGACAAUUUGA